AUGCAGCCGAUCAUUUUUGACACCAACGACGAAUUUUCGUGCCUCGAGAGACGCUACGCGAGAAAAUUGAAGAGGGACGCAAAUUACGCUCGAUAUUGGGUGGGCGGGUUCAAAAGCCCAAUCUUCAACAAUUGGUUGUGGUGCACCAAAGACAGUCCGGUUGCGAUCGAGGACGAAAUGCUGUCGCAAGUGGAAAAGAGCGACAGUGACGUGUGCCUGCGCGCCAUUGUUGACGGCGGAACUUUGGCCCUCACAAACACGAAUUGCACGAGCAAAAACGUCCGGUUGGCGUGCGAAUCGAUUGACAGGAAUCUUGACGAUUUGCUGGAAGAUCUGUUCAAAUUCAACACGAAAAAUGACUCAAUCGUAGAAAACAGGUACAAAUAUGGCAAGUGGAUUUCCCUAUUCAACAGAUACUUCUUGUUUUCUUCAGAAUCGUCCUCGUAUGAAGACGCUUUUGACAAGUGUUGCGCUCUCGGCACCAAAUUGCUGUCAAUAAAAACGGCGGCCAAAAGAAAAGGCCUUUCGAAGUUGGCAAAAGAUUAUCCGGACAUCAACGACGAGUUUUGGACUUCGGGAAGUGACGUGGGGUGUGAGGGCAACUUCCGCUGGUGCUCCGUCGACCGGCCGUUUUUGAAACGCGAAGUGCUUUGGGCGCCGAACGAGCCCAACACUGACAGGGGUCGUUGCGUGACCGUCAAAAUGAACCCUGAAGUCGAUUCGACGACGCUGCAAACGGCCGAUUGCAAUUUAAAGAAACGUUUCGUUUGCGAAGUUCGCCAAUCAGGAAACUCUGUGAAAGCUGUGGAAAAGGAAUGCGCAGAUUUGGUUGGCUUGACCAAUGAUGAAGAGGACAAACUCGGUAGCUCCGAGCCACACACUUACAACAUGAAAUGCUUCAUUAAAUGCAUUGGCGACAACUUAGGAUUGGUGAUCAACGGAACCGUGCAAGAUGGCAAUUUAAUCAAGCUUCUUGAUAAACUCGACGACGACGGUGAAGUGCAGAAAGUUGGCAAAAACACGCUAAUCGCAUGCAAACGCUUUAGUGAUCCAAACGACGACUGCACAGGAGUUUAUAACAUUUACAAAUGUUUAGAAAAACUGGCACCAAAGCUGAUUAAAAAAAAUGUUGUCAGUUUUAGGACUCACGCGUCUAUGAGAAUGGCUCCGAUAGAAAUUCGUGAGAAGAGAACUUGUUCGCUUAAAAAUAGCCUGGAAUGUAAACCAAAUAUUACUAGAAUAAAUAUGCUCAACGAACAUGGAAUUACACCCGAAGGUGGACAAAAUGUUUUGGAUUCUGAUGGCCGAAAAUGGUACAAAUCUGAGUGGAAAUUGCACCAUAAAUACCCAGAGGCGUUUGGCUUCUGCUGUUCUUUAGGAAUGAGACUUCCCAUUUCACUCGAUUACCCCGAUUUUCAGCACAUUUACGAUUUCAUGAACGGUUCAAGUUUUGACAACUAUUACGGCGAAACUUUCACUGAUCAAAACGAGGAGGAAAGGUGGUGCGAGACAAAUGAAAAACUGGACCUGCAAAUGACACUGGACGAGUUUAAAUUGGAGUCUGAAAAGUCAUUUCUCUAUUCUCGAAAGGGUCUGUUGCCGAAAUACAAACUCGUCUCGCUGAGACAUUCGCGCAUGGACAGUGCCAGCGUGCGUUACUUUUUUUGUCAAUCACCUUGA